GCUUACUUCUUGACUGCGGCUAUGGCGGCUGUGGCCUCACUCGCGUCAUUCUUGGGUGUUACAUCAAGCAGGACUUUAGCCACACCCGGGCUGCUGCUUCGGAAAUGCAAUCGGAACUCCGAGCUCUGCGUCGCCGCUCCCCAACACCCACUUGGGUUGCUGCGAGCAUCCUCUCAAGACAAUGUUCCUGCCGAGAUCCGGGACGACCCCAAAUUCGUCGCUAUAAACGACGAUGAUCCAAGCUACGGGCCUACAGCAAUGCUCUUGGUGGGAUUUGACAAUCACGAGAUUCCCAAGGUGAUCGAAUACCUCAAGGGCAUGGGUGCGGAGGCCAUCGUCAAGGUGAUUGUGUGCUGCGAGGACAUGCUGCGCGAGACGCUGUGGGAGUGCAUGCAGCGUCCAUCCAACGUGAGCAACCCCCCUCCUGGUACCGCAGGCAGGAUGCCACGCAUUUGCUUCAUGUCGGGCAUGACGGGCCAAGAGGUGGUGACCAUUGUGCAAAGCUUCCCCGGAAUAGGGUUGGAGGACACCGCAUUCGCGGCGCUGGUGCCAAAAACCGCUGGCCAGAGCCUGGAGCAAGUCAUGGAAGAGGUUAUCGGAGAUCACGAGAGACUGAAGAAACAUUGACAUUGAGGACGAUCACACCUUGGGAGGAGGAGGCGGGUAGCCGGGCUGGCCGGGUGGAGGAAUUGGGUAGCCGACCGCUGCUGGAGCCUGCAUGCUUCUACCCCUUUUCCCGCAGUAGUAGCACAAGAGCGCCAACAAAAGGAUGAAGAUGGCCACAAUGGGCAGCGGGAUCACAUACACAUACCGACCCAUAAUCGCCGAAAGAGCAAAAAUCCCUAGCUAGGAACAAGAGGAGAUCCACCGACCUUGCUUAAAAAGAAGGGAAAAAGAGAAUAAGCUUCGUAAGAA